GUCGCGGUGCUCUGGUGCGUGCGGCGGAGGCAGGACUUCCUGUCAGCGCCGCCAGCCAAGGGCUAAAGCGGCCGGUGGAGGCGCCGAGUGGCGGGCCAUGGCCCCGCUAGCCCCCUCCACCGCCAUGGCCCGCCGCAGGCGCCGACUGGACACGGAGGCCGAGGAGUGACUCUCUUUGUGGAACUCACACCAUCUGGUCUUCACCUGACGGGCUGUGCAGUCGCCUUCGCCCGAAGUAAGAAGUGUGGUCAUCGGGAGCCCAGGCUAGGAGGUGUAUAUUUUACAUAUCAAAUUGGACCAAUUGCAUUUCAAGAACUCAGAAGUCCCAUGUUACCAUCGGACCAUGAGCUGUUGUAGGAGGAAACAGAAGAGAAAUCAAGCUUCCAUCAGGUGUGGCCCAGAUGAAAGGUGUGUCUUCCCCACCUCAAGAUCCAAAUUAAAGACAUGUGUCUUUCUGCUUCAAGAUCUGGAUCAAAGGAGCAGGAAUGGCUCAGUCAGCUGGAUCACCAAAAAGCCCACCUCCACAUUGGUGACAACUCAAGAAACCCCUGAAAACCUGGAGCAGACUACCUGCACGCAGUUCAGCAGACUGGAGACUGCCUCUCUUCUAGGCAGCGAGGUGCCUUUGAAGACUGCUGCCUGGGUUACCAAUCCAGGAUCAAAUGGAAUAUUCUCCAGCACGCUAGGCAUUAUCGCGUGCAGGAAAUUCCACUUCCGCCAGAAAGGCAAGGUGUGUAUGAACCCAGAGAACAAGGAUGUGAAGAGGGCGAUGGAGAUCUUGAAUGCUAAGAACAAGCCAGUUGACAACCCCCAGAAGACCACCUCAGGCUCUCAUACUGAGAGGAGGAAGUUAAAUCAUAUGAAGUCUAAGGUGAGGAACCCCAGCAGCACUAGCAUGAGGAACGCCACCCUAGGCCGGUCUAGGAUGGUGAUGAUGACCAGAAAGAUCAACAAUUAAGUUAUUCAGAGUGAGCACCAGCCGGACGAUGGGAGGAGUCCCCUGAAGUGCUGUCUUCUGGACAUGACAUGGCCACUGAACUCACAGAAGGCACAGUUACCUGUACUUGACUGGACUCAGCAGUGUUGGAGCAUGGGCGAGUGAGGGACUCCCAGGGCCCCAUCCCUCAUCAAGGAGCUAUUGGCUGUUAAUGAUUGCUGGGGAAAGGGAGUCUUUUUCCCCAGAAGUGUUGCCAGAGUCCAGUAUAUAAUCCCCCACCCAUGCUCAUGCAAGCAACCCUAAUUACAUGCAGGGAGUCACACAAAAGAAAGGUAUGAAAGUAGGGCAGGGCUUGUUAGGAAGAAGGCUUCAGUGGGAGAGAGAGGACUACAACAGGAUGAUGGUGUGUGUGUGAAAAUGGUCAAAAUGCACACAUAUGUGAAAUGGUCAAAGAACAAAAAAUUAAAAAAUUUAAAAGCCAUUAAAAAUGAAUUACUUGAGCAGUGGUGGUGCAUGACCUUAAUCUCAGCACUCAGGAGGCAGGGGCAGGCAGAUCUCAGUGGGUUCGAGGCCAGCCUGGUCUACAAAUCUAGUUCCAGGAAAGGCAGGGAAACAGAGAAACCCUGUCUCAACAACAACAACAACCUAAUUACCCACAGUGUUGUCUGGUAUGUAGUAUGCUCUCAGGAUGUUAGUGCCUGUACUUUGGAUUUACCUGCAAUAAAUUAGGGUUCCUGUGACCCCCUCUUUUUAUUCAGC